AUGGCACCAACUAACAAAGCUGACCCCAGCGAGAUUGACCCCUGCAACUGGACACUUGUGAUCCACACCUGCCUCCCGAUGUCCGAGAUGAGCAGGAUUGGUGUACGGUACACCAACAGGUACAAUGGGAUAACGUAUAGGGGCUUGGGGAGGGGGGAACACGGGCUUGUGGGCACACAAAGGGGGGUCACACAAACAUGGAGCAAGCAUCCGGGACAUACAAUUGACUCCCUAUUUUUAUACCCUGGAUAAUAUCCAACACGGGGCUAGCGGACACAACCUUGGGGUGGGGAGUGUAGGGGGGAAGCGGGAAGGGAAUACAGCAGUCCCUCCGGGCAACCAUUAACCAGCCAAGAAAACCCUGAACUCAAACGCUGCGACACUUUAUUGCAGACGAGGACUUUAAUUUGGGUCACAUGUACUUAGACGCAACGACUCUGAACUGCGGAGAGGGAGAGGGGUGGAGGGGGUGGGGAGGCGGAGGGAAACAAUCUUGAUUAUUAAUGUUGUACAUAAAUGAACCCUGACGCAGCCUGACCCACACCCGGCAGAAGCACACUUGAAGCACUCUGGCCGAGCCCCAUUAUACCUUUUCAAUGACAUGGUACAUCGGGAUUGUUAGGGUAGGACAACAUACUGAUACCCGACAUGACCUAGGCCUCAUUGAUAGCUACCACAUAUAUACAUUCAGCUAGAUAAUGGAUUAGACACACGUAAGCCACAAACUAUCAUUUAUAUCUUCUUGUCUAUUCAUACACAAACGCCCAAAACAGCAACCACCCCAAUGGAACACAAGCAUUCAUGGUUUCACUCAUACACGUACCCCCCCCCUCCAUAGGGACCGACGGGAGCAAUAAAUGGAGUACACAAUGCUCGUAACACGUAACCUAUAAAUAGUUGCUAGAUCAGGAGACCAGAGGGAAGAUAUAGGAUGAGACAGGGGACCACAAAACAGGGCACUAUACCACUAUUGGAUCAAGGGAGACUAACACUCACUGACAUAAUGAGCCGAGGGGUUGGAUUGGGGCGAUUGGAGCUGGCAGAUGCUGGGUGGGAACCCACUGACUGGGGAGGGAAAUGGGGAAUGAUGGAAUCCACUGGAUAAAGGAAUGCUACUUUAGGUUCACUGUAUGAUAAAUAUGUUAAAUUGAUGUUAAUGCUUAUAUGCCUUUAGAUCGAAUGCGGGCUAUACACAAGAUGUUACUGUCCAUUCGGCUCUGACCUUGGGGGAUGCGGUGGAGCGGAGAGCCCCAUAUCUAUUUUUCAUACCUUACCUGGGUGGAGCUCGAGUCGCAUUCCCUAACACAUACACUCAUGCUAAAAGGUGUGUGGCUGAACGGCGGGGACCCUCGACACCUGGGCUGGUACCGGAGCGAGCCCCUACUGGCACCGGUUUCUGCGCGAGAACCCCCCCUCCUUUCCUAGAGGGGGUCUAGAUUCGGGAUACAACCGAAAUCUGUGAGGAUACCCACAAACAGGGUACACACCUCCUUUUAAACUCUACACGAAAGAGCUGGCCCCGCACCCAGGUAACCGGGCCCAGGACUCCCUACUCAUAGCAUCUGCUAUAACUCCCAUCUCCCUCUCUUUCCCUCCCCAUUACCCCUCCUCCCCCCUCUCCCAUCCCCUUCCUUACAUCCCUCCACGCAUCGGACUAACCAGUACCCCGGACAUGUGA